AUGAAAGAGGCACAGAUUAAUGAGCAGUGGCCGCAUUAUGAAGGGUCCGUGCGAGGGCUCCUUUACGCGACGAGCGCCCGGAAUCCCAUUGUGGUAUCCGUGCCGUUCAGGGAUGGAAUCAAAAAGGUCGGUAAUAUCUUGAACUUGCAGGUGAUGCACUGGGUGAAUCAGCUGGGACCGGACCUCUUCAACUCAUCUACUGGACAAUUUCGUGAAACUUAUAAUCUGAUUGCGGAAAUACUGGCGGGGGCACCUGCGGUCGGAUACACAUUCUUCCGGGAGCAUCCUGCUGUGUUCGCUGCGCCCAACAGGUUAAUUCGGGGAAUAGCAGGCAUUACGGCAAACCAGACGACGUUACUGGCAACGUCUUGGUGA